AUGCUGCUCGACACUUCCCAAGUUCCUCCCCCCAAGCCGUGGGAGAGACUGUCAGGGAAUGCUCAGGGUGGAAAUGUGGAGAGAGGGGUUCUUACACAAGUUGAAAGAAGUCAAGGAGACUCGCGAGGGACAGCCCCCUUCUCCUCUUCUGUUUUGACGCCACCAGACCCAACCCAGUCGACUGUAGUGUCUUCGUUGGGGGCUAGUGAGACAGCUCUCGCUCUAGGGCGCGCUGUAGGCAUAGCUAGCGACAGCAGCUCUCAUCAGGGAUACGAUGCUGAAUCUCUUAGCAGGAUUUACAGUAGAGGAACAGCCGUAGACGCAUGCAACAGCAACACCAAUGCGUAUAACUGGAACGCCAGUUACACACAAAGAAGCAGAGAGGAUUAUGUUGGAAAUCACUAUUAUACCGCUCCUACGACAGGAAACUACUAUGGGAACCUCGGAUUUGGAACAACGAAUCCUCUCUACGCUUCCUCCUAUGGAGCCUACAGAAAUGCUCCGAACCUAUCUUUUGUCGACGAUGAAAUACCGGUGCUCUCGCGCAUGUGA